AUGAUGGAAGUGCGAGGACGAUACCAAGUCAAUCGAGUCUGAGAAGACACAGCAAGGACCAAGACCAAAGAGGGGAUCCAGGCGUCUCUUUAUACGGCGUCAUUCUGUGCCAAUCGGAAAAAUGCGCCGCCAAGUCGAAGACAAAGGGAAAGGGGAAAGUGGAGAGAAAUGGCGGGGAAGCUGGUCGGUUUGUGGUUCAGCCUUCAUCCUUACCUCGGUCGACAUGAGAUGAUGAGGUCUUUAUACCGGUCGCACUCGAGAGCUUCAGAUCGACUAAAACGCCUCUCGGUCUAAAGCUGCCCGAAAUCCACUGGUGCGAUGCUUCGUCUCUUUCGGUUGGCUUUUCCUUCUCUCCUUCUCUCCUUCUCUCCUUCUCUCAUCAACAAUCUCCCCCGCGAUCGUAAAUUGGGAUUCAUUUGACUUUGGGAUCCCCGCUCUUGAUCGGCAAUCAUCGUCAUGGCCAUCCCCAUCGUCGACUCCCACAUCCAUCUCUUCCCCGGUUCCCAUCUGCCAUCGCUGGCCUGGUAUGGACCGGGUGGGCCUCUCUCCUCCCAGCAUUCCGUCGCCGAGUAUCGCUCUGCGACCGCCACAGCGUCCACUUCGUCGGACACGACGCAAUCGACGUAUCUGCGGGGCUUUGUCUUCGUCGAAACGGAUCGCAUCUCCUCCGUGGAAGAGUCCGGAAAGGGCUGGUCGCAUGCGCUCGAUGAAGUCUCCCUGCUCGCUCGAGUCAUCACAGGAGAUGCGGUCCCCGGCGAAGGACAUCAAAAGGAGCACCGCCAUCUCUGUCUGGCUUUCAUUCCGUGGGCGCCCGUGCCGGGAGGGCCCUCGGCGCUCGUGAAAUACAUCGCACUGGCCAAGGAGAGGACCCGCACGGAGGAGGUCUGGAGAAAGCUUCGCGGGGUGCGCUACUUGGUCCAGGAUAAACCGGCCGGGGUCAUGCUACAGCCCGACUUUAUCGCGGGGUUGAAAUGGCUGGGCCGACAGGGCUUGACGUUUGAUCUCGGGGUGGACGCCCGGCAAGGUGGACUGGGGCAGCUGCGCGAAGCUGUCGAGAUGAUCCGCAGAGCUCACGAGGGUGUUGCGGACGAGGAAUCCAGGCCCGUCGUCGUUAUCAACCAUCUGUGUAAACCCAACCUCCGUCUGCCAUUCACUUCCCUGGUUUCCAUCACGACCCAUCCCGACUUCCUCGAGUGGUCUUCCCUCGUCACAGCGAUGGCGCAGUAUCCCGGCACCUACAUGAAGCUCUCGGGAGCCUUCUCGGAGCUGCCUCCGCUCUCCCCCGACGCCGAGCCAGACGUCCCAGACCUCGUCCAGCGACUUCGCCCGUGGACCGACGUGAUCUUCGAUGCCUUUGGCCCGGAGCGCGUGCUGUUCGGGUCCGACUGGCCCGUCUGCAACGUGGGAGGCGGUGGCAACCCGGCAGCCUGGCGGCGCUGGAGAAGCGUCGUGGAAGGCGUGCUGGAGAGACGGGGACUGAGCGAGGAGCAAAGAAGGGGAGUUUGGGGCCAGGUUGCGGUGCGAGCCUAUGGAAUUGACAUCUGAAUAACGUGAAGUUUAUAUACAUGGUCAUCUAGGACUACCUUCAAU